AUUCAUAUGAUGCUAGUCCGGACUGUAAAUCCUACGACAUAUAUGGUGUAAUAGGGCUGUUGGAGUUAUUAUCGGCGAUCCACUUAAUUGUGAUCACGGAGCGAAAAAAUCUUGGGAAAAUACAGGGCAAAGAUGUCUAUAUGGUCAAAAGGAUUUUAGUAUUACCCCUGGAUUAUAAAAGGGCUUGUAAGAUCCUCGAAAAACAUCAAUGGCCAUUGGAUGAUGAAUGGGAUAAUACAGAAGGACACCAGCGUUACGCUUCUAAUAUAAUAGAAGAGGUUGAGGUGCCAGAUUCAUCACAAAUACUAUCGUCAACACCCGAGUCUGAAGCAACACUUGAUUCAUCCGUUAUUUCCGAUUCUUUGCCCAAAAAACAACCUAUGUCAGCAUUUUUUUCAAAGGUGAAAUCCACAUUUUCGGAAUUGCGAAGGAAGCGGUCACCUUCAAUUUCUUCGAACGAUUCUGAUUCCGAGUUAGAUAAGGAUAGUGAAUGGGAAACUGUUCCAUCGGAUGGAGGUUUCUCUAAUGAAGAUUUCCCAAAGAAUUCUCCAGACAUCUUUUCGUUUGCAAACGGUUUGUCAACCGCUGCGAAACGAAUGACGGGGGUUUUCGAGGGACUUGGUAAAGACGAAUCAUCUUCAAAAACCAUAAGCAUCAAGGAUCCUAUUGACAAAAAAGUGCUGGAUGCAAGAAUAGCAAGGGAGCUCACAAAUUUGUUUCAAUCAGAUUCAUUUUUCUUCUCAUAUGAACUUGUUCCAUUGUUUUGGUCACAAUCCCCUUACGGAUUGAAGCCAAGGCCUAUUUUGGAACGCUCUGAUCGUGAAAAUAGUGAGGCAUUUUCGAAACAUUUUGAUUCUAUACUGCUAAAUUAUGGAAUCGUAAAUUGCAUAAAUCUGGUCGAGACAAACGGAAGGGAAGCAGUUAUUGGGAGUGCUUAUCGGGAGGAAUUAGAAAAGCAAAACCGCGAUGCAAUAAAGUAUACAGAGUUCGACUUCCAUAAGGAAUGUAAGGGGAUGAAAUACGAGAAUAUCUCAAAUCUCAUAUCAUUGCUUGACCAAAGAUUCUCCGCUAUGAAAUACUUUUGGAAGAAUUGUAUGGAUUGCUUGGAUCGUACGAAUGUCGUGCAGAGUGCUCUUGCCAGGGAGGUGUUAAACCUUCAACUCUUAAGAUUAGGGUUAUCCGAGUUCAUUGUCGAUGGCAUCUCUCAUUACGAACAAUUCGAGAAUAUAUUUAACGAAGUUUGGGCAAAUAACGGGGAUUCCAUAAGCAAAGAGUAUGCGGGAACUAGUGCGCUGAAAGGAAAGAGGAAUCUACAAGGGGUCGUUAAUGAUGCGUCCAACUCGAUAGCCCGCUUGUUUCAAAACAAUUUUAAAGAUUUCUUUCGACAGGCUUUGAUUGAUUACCUUCUUGGUAAUCAUUCAAUUGAAGUUUUCCAAGAACUCCAACAGAAAUUUGAAGUAUCUCAACCAGGUGACGCUGAACGAUGGGCCAAAGUUCGAGCAACAGCAAUUGAAAUAAGUAGUUCUAUUGUCAUAGUGGAAAAUGAGGAAAAGAUUAACGGAUGGACGUUCUUGUCGCCUAAUGAGCCAAACACUCUACGAGGAAGGUCAUAUGAGGAAAAGGUUUUACUUUUAACAAAAAGUGCAUUAUACGUUUGCACUUUUCAUUAUAAACUUGAAAAGGUCAUUCAGUUUAAGAGGAUUGGAUUGGGGGAGAUUACGUACAUUGAAAAAGGUGAAUACAUAUUGUCUACCUUAUAUCCUUCAUGUGUAUCCGUGGAGGACAAUUAUGGAUUCGUAGUGCAUUAUCGAGCAUCAGGAGAAUCAAGUAGAAUUAAUUCCGGAAGUAUGAGGAAUAACAAUAGGAAAAAUGAAUUUAAUAAUAAUUCGUCUGGUGAAGAGAGGUUUAUGGCUUUCAAGGCGUUUAGAAGUAAUAUUGUUGGCGAAGCAACCAAGUUCGAUGGUGGUGGCAGCGGAAAUAACGCCGGAAAAGGGUCAUCAUAUAAGUCAAGUCAACUGGUGGUGAAUGAAGUGGUUGGAGAAAUUGUAAAUGCCUGUUGGGCGAUCGGGAAUGCAGAGGAAGACGAGUUCUUGAUAGAAAGGCCGAUCAUAAGUUUGGAAGAAGCAAACAAGAGCACUGGUAUCAUGACUAAAGUUGGCUUCAAAGUCAAACAGGCAUUAUGGCUUUAA